AUAACUGAAUUAGUUCUGAAGAAGACGCGUUUCAGUAAAGUCGACAAUUGAAAUUGUAAACACAAAGAAUCUGUGGUUGGCCUUUGAAUUGUUUCAGUGAUAUUUGAGAUCAUUAAGCUUUGAAUUACAAAUUUUUGCUUUACACAUGUAAAUUUCAAUAUAUUUGAACUUUUUGUAUUAAUUAUGGCAGAAGCUCUGGAGAAUUUUACUGAGUGUAAUCCCAGUGGAAGUAAAUAUAUAAAAAAUUUGACGAGUCGAGAAAAGUUAAGAUUCUUGGAUUCUUUUGACGUGGUCUUUUGUGAUUGUGAUGGCGUAAUAUGGCAAACUUUACGAGACGCUAUACCAGGUGCGGCAGAAGCGAUCAAUUUUUUAAGAGCACAAAAUAAAAAAGUGAUUUUCGUCACAAAUAACAGUAUUACAUCGACAUCUGAACAGCUCAAGAAAUUCGAACGCUCAAAAAUUACAAUAGACAAGCAUGAACUUGUGCAUCCGGCGGAAACGAUCUGCAAUUACUUAAAAUCUAUCAAAUUUGAAGGUUUGAUAUUCUGUUUGGCCACAAGACCGUUUAAGAAUAUAUUGCGUGAAGCUGGCUUUCAGCUGGUGGAGCAGGAAGAACGUAUUAUACCCGAAUCAGUAAACGAUUUACGUGAGGCUAUUUAUUGUAAUGACCCAGUGAAGGCGGUCAUCAUUGACGUAGAUUUCAAUUUGACAGCAGCUAAACUAAUGCGUGCACAUGUGCACCUUAAAAAUCCAGAUUGUCUUUUUAUAGGAGGCGCUGCGGAUGUUUUGAUACCAUUUGGUGGCAUGGAUGUAAUCGGGUCUGGUCCAUUUAUAAGUGUUGUUGAGGAGUCAACGAAACGUAAAGCCACAAUACUAGGAAAGCCAGGAUUGCAGUUAUGUGAACUUUUAAAACGUAACUACAGUCUUCAGGAUGCUAAACGUGCGCUCUUCAUAGGUGACAGCUUAACAAGCGAUAUUAAGUUUGGCAAAAUGUGCGGUUUCCAGACUCUGCUGGUCUUGACCGGUGGUACCAAAUCUGCAGACUUAAACGAAUAUUUAUCACUAAAUGAAACGCCUGAUUUUAUAGCAAACACUCUAGCUGAUUUAUGUGAACUUAAAUCAUAAAUUUA